AUGACUCAAUGUGCAAACAAUCCUGCCAUAUCCGGUUCAAAUUCCCGCCUUAUAUUGUCGCGCGUACUGCUCGCCGUCGCAUACCUUAUCGCGGUCGCCGUCGCAGUCCUCUCCUUCUCCCCGCAACUCCGCCUGGCGGAGCGGCGAGCAUCGCCUGCUCGGGGCGGCGGGUCAGGCGUUGAAUACGGGCAAGAGGAUGUCGAGGGGCGGUACGGAGGCCGUCGAGCGCGGCGAUUGGAAGACGAAGAGGCCGCAUUUAACGCGAGCUUCGACUUUAGUCUCAACGAGACGUGGAAGGAGGGAUUCUUCAACAUGACGCUCGAGAUCGAGAAGUGGCGGGCUGGCGGCGGCUGUGAUCGUUUUCGUGAGCGCUUCUCGUCGCACCUCCACGUGGACUUGCUGCAAGACGACGACCCCGCCUCCUGGCCUCCCAACCCCUCGCUCCAGGUCGGUACAAACCCCCAUAGGCUUCUUUCCCCCCCCACUGCAUCACCACAUUGCUCCAUGAUUGCACGGGCGCAUCACCACCCGCUCCAUCCUCCCCCUCCUUUCUCGCUCACACCCAUCCCCUCCUCCCGCCGCCCCCAUCGCCCGAUUCAUGCAGCCGCUGUCGCUGCCCGAGUGUCCGCGGAUACAGCAGCGGCAUGUGAGCGUGCGCGUGCAGCCGCCCUUCGUGUGGUUCGGGCAGCGCUUUGGCAACCGCCUGGGGCUGGAGGGCUCUCACACGUGCGCGCACUGCGGCCUCACGUGCACGGUGAGUGGCGACAUGCGUGUGCUGCUGUGAGAGGCAUCAUGAGUGUGUUGCUGUGCUGUGAGGGGCGUGAGGGCUGUGAGGGGCGUGAGGGCUGUGAGGGGCGUGAGGGCUGUGAGGGGCGUGAGGGCUGUGAGGGGCGUGAGGGCUGUGAGGGGCGUGAGGGCUGUGAGGGGCGUGAGGGCUGUGAGGGGCGUGAGGGCUGUGAGGGGCGUGAGGGCUGUGAGGGGCGUGAGGGCUCUUCCUCCGCUCCUCUUUCUCCCUCUCUUGCGCGCCCCUGGCAGUUCUCCUGGGAGGAGCAGGUGGUGCCUCGCCCCGACGUGCUGCUCUUUGUGCGCCAGUACGGCCCUCUCAAGGAGGCCGAACAACGGGCCAUGGAUGCGCUGACCACACGGCCUCCCCACGAGCGGCCGCUACUGGCCCUGCUGGACCCCGAGGCAGCCCCCACGGGCGCCACAGUGCCCGACCGCGAGAUCUUCUCCCCGUGGGUGCCCCCGGAGCAGCGCGCGCAGUGGGACGUGCUGGUGGGGUACCACCGCGACAGCGACGUGCAGAUCACCUAUGUGGGCAUGAACGAUGACGAGGCGCGGAAAGACCUCGUCUCCAACAUCAAACUCGCUGGAGUGCCGCUGUACCGUGCGGGGUCGCACUGUUCUGUGCACUGGAGGGAGGCGAUGGUGAAGGACAUUCUGCGCGUGGUGCGCCACCACUCGUUCGGGCGCUGCCAGUUCAACAUGCACCGCAUCUCCGAACUCAUUGCUCACCCCACCUGCCGCACGCCUCUGGACAAGUGGACAGCGCGCACACACUGUGUGGAGUCGAGGUACAAGUUUGCCAUCGCCGUGGAGAACAGCGAGCGGGAGAGCUACGCCACUGAGAAGCUCUUUAUUCCCUUCGAUGCCGGCACAGUACCGGUGUACUACGGAGCCCCGGACGUGGCACACCUGGCACCGCCCGGGUCGUUCAUAGACAUGCGCGCCUUUCCCAACAAGACGGACGUGGGGGUGCUCAUCAACCAGCUCGAUGCAAACGCCAAGUUCCCCUCCCCCACUUACACACCUCUUCCCUCUUGCCAUGUCCGCCCCAUCCUCCUGCCCCCUUCUCUCACAGCGCAAUACCUGGACUACCACGCAUGGCGCAUCUGCAACAGCAGUGGCAACCUCAAGCACGCCGCGGCCCUCUCCAUCCUCACCCUGCCCUGCCGCCUCUGCCUCAAGGCCGCUCUGCUGCUCGCUGACAGACAGGAAGCAGCAGCUCCAGGGGAAUCUUCGGCCCCCACCCCCGCCCACCACGGCACCACCUCCCCAUGCACCCCUUCUCCCCACCCUCCCCCCCCCUGCCACUUUGCCUGGCCCCGCCUCUACUGUCUCGUUUGCACCUUCCUCCACGUGCUGCUGGUAAGACAUAUCCGAGAUCCGCUCGCCCCUACCAUCCGACCCGAGCUUCUAAAAUCCUGUCCUUCAUUAUUCGCUCCCUCACUCCGCUGUGCCCCUUUUCCGUCUGCCCGAUCGCGCGCUGUCGUGUGCGUUGCGUCGCCCAUCAUUCCUUCGCCCAUUCCGCACAUCCCGUCUCCACCACUUUCGCCCCUCUCGAUCGCGACGCGUGCUCCCAUCGCGCCAGUAGCUUCCGUCGCGCCGCUCGCUCCCAUCGUGCCGCUCGCUUCCGUCGCGCCCAUGUCCCUCGCCGCGGCGUCGGCGAGACGCCAUGUGCGAUGGCAGGCGAUGCUGCUGCAGUCGCAGCUGAUCGCCCAGCGAUCGAUCCUUUGCAGACCAACACUGGACCGAUCACAACCGUUCGCCACCUCGCUGGACCGCGCACACGAUCACCCAGUGCACGGUAUCCCUUUCCUCUCUCCCAAGCCCCCCGUUUCCCCGCCAUUCCCCCCGCCCCACGCACCCCUCGCCUCGACAGUGGCAGUAUCCUCGUUACAAGAUCACUCACCGGCAGAAUACGACAUCGCCCUGUUGAAGAAUAGGAGACUAAGCAUUUCAUCCGCAAACGUGUUUCCGACGGCAGUUGCCGGCCAGGCGAUGCCUGACCUGCCUGCCACCCACAUGGCUGCACUCCCCUUCCACUCUGCCCCUUCCACUCUGCCCCUUCCACUCUGCCCCUUCCACUCUGCCCCUUCCACUCUGCCCCUUCCACUCUGCCCCUUCCACUCUGCCCCUUCCACUCUGCCCCUUCCACUCUGCCCCUUCGCGCGCUUGUCACUGCUGCCACCGCCACUCGUGCACCGUGCCAAGCCUCAUGUUCCGCCCUUCAUUCACCCCCCCUCCUUUUCCCCCUUUCCCCCCCCGGCAGCCAGUGACGUGGGCGAGUCUGGCGCUGCUGCUGCUGACGGGAGGCGCACUGCUGACCCAGUGGGUAGGCGGCCAUACAAGGCCUUUUACCCCCCUCCCCCAUGCCCCAUCCCCUUCCCCUCGGCAGCUGUGAGGGAGUUGAAGCCGGUGGGCAAGGCGGCCAUAGGGGGCCCGUUCACGCUGGUGGACGGCAAUGGAAAGCCGUUGACAGAGGCGGAUCUCAAGGGGCGGUGGGCGCUGCUGUACUUUGGGUUCUCCUUCUGCCCGGACAUCUGCCCCAGCGAACUCAUCAAGAUCGCCCAGGCUGUCGACCUCGUGGGUACGUGUGAAAGGGGGAGGGGAGGGGAGCGCGUGCCUGAGAGUAAGCAGGUGGGAGUGCAGGUGGUGCCGGUGUUCAUCUCAGUGGACCCUGAGCGAGACACCGCUGAUCAGGUCAAGGAGUACGUCAAAGAGUUCCACCCGAGAAUGAUCGGCCUCACAGGCACGCCAGAACAGGUGAAAGCAGCAGCACGUGCAUUCCGAGUGUAUUACAUGAAGACAGAGGAGGAGGGGUACGACUACCUCGUCGAUCACUCCAUCAUCUCGUAUUUGAUGAGUCCGGAGUUUGAGUUUGUUAAGUUCUUUGGCCGCAAUCACACGCCAGAGGGGCUGGCAGACGGCAUAGCAGGGGAGAUCAAGGGCCAUGGCAAGUAG